GUCCUCUGACUAGACAGGACCACACGACCAGCCCUGGUGACUCCAAAACUCCCUGUGGUACCAGACCAAAGAACCGGAGGCUGAGGCCCAACUCCCUGGACCUGACUGGAGGACAGGGGACUCUCAGGACCAUCACACUCAACUUCACCUCCACCACCAUGCAGGUCCGAGGCCCUGCUCCGAAACGCCCCCCGCCUCCGAACUGCAAACCUGGGAAGACCAGUCAGGCUGUUCCUACCCAGAACCAGAAGAGAUUGGAUGGGGGAGAGGGGGAGGAGGUAGAAGGCGGUAAGGACAGACAGACACCUGCCAAAGAGGUGGAAAGGAGGAGUGUGAACAUCAGUGGUGGAGACACUGAAAGGCCUGCAGCCCACAGUGUUAGUGGAGAUGGAGACGGGGCUGCAGCCCACAGUGUUGGUGGAGAUGGAGACGGGGCUGCAGCCCACAGUGUUGGUGGAGAUGGAGACGGGGCUGCAGCCCACAGUGUUAGUGGAGAUGGAGACGGGGCUGCAGCCCACAGUGUUAGUGGAGAUGGAGACGGGGCUGCAGCCCACAGUGUUAGUGGAGAUGGAGACGGGCCUGCAGCCCACAGUGUUAGUGGAGAUGGAGACGGGGCUGCAGCCCACAGUGUUAGUGGAGAUGGAGACGGGGCUGCAACCCACAGUGUUAGUGGAGAUGGAGACGGGGCUGCAGCCCACAGUGUUGGUGGAGAUGGAGACGGGGCUGCAGCCCACAGUGUUAGUGGAGAUGGAGACGGGGCUGCAGCCCACAGUGUUAGUGGAGAUGGAGACGGGGCUGCAGCCCACAGUGUUGGUGGAGAUGGAGACGGGGCUGCAGCCCACAGUGUUGGUGGAGAUGGAGACGGGGCUGCAGCCCACAGUGUUGGUGGAGAUGGAGACGGGGCUGCAGCCCACAGUGUUGGUGGAGAUGGAGACGGGGCUGCAACCCACAGUGUUAGUGGAGAUGGAGACGGGGCUGCAGCCCACAGUGUUAGUGGAGAUGGAGACGGGGCUGCAGCCCACAGUGUUAGUGGAGAUGGAGACGGGGCUGCAACCCACAGUGUUGGUGGAGAUGGAGACGGGGCUGCAACCCACAGUGUUGGUGGAGAUGGAGACGGGGCUGCAGCCCACAGUGUUAGUGGAGAUGGAGACGGGGCUGCAACCCACAGUGUUAGUGGAGAUGGAGACGGGGCUGCAGCCCACAGUGUUAGUGGAGAUGGAGACGGGGCUGCAACCCACAGUGUUAGUGGAGAUGGAGACGGGGCUGCAGCCCACAGUGUUGGUGGAGAUGGAGACGGGGCUGCAACCCACAGUGUUGGUGGAGAUGGAGACGGGGCUGCAGCCCACAGUGUUGGUGGAGAUGGAGACGGGGCUGCAGCCCACAGUGUUAGUGGAGAUGGAGACGGGGCUGCAACCCACAGUGUUGGUGGAGAUGGAGACGGGGCUGCAGAUUGCAGUGUCUCCAAACAGAGCAGUGUAAGAAACAGCAGUGAAACCGUGGGCGGAGCCGUGAAGAGGACAAGUAUCGUUGAGACUGGCUUUGACCCUCUGUCCAUUAUAGCAGCUGAGACGGAGACAGAGGGUGAUGGGGACAGUAGCAGUACCUCCACAGCCCGCCGGGACCUGGCAGAAGAGAUAGAGAUGUACAUGAAGGUUCUGAGCCCUCUGAGCAGCAGGACCGCCAGCAUGGACCUUCAGAACCCAUCCAGCCCGCUAGUCCACGCCACCUCCACCCCAUCUAAACCCUCCUCCCGCCGACCUCGGCCCCUCAGCCUGACCCACUCCCCCUGUACCUCCCCCCGACCACCUCCUCCCUUACUUCGUGCCAACUCGCACCUCCCCCUCUCCAGGCCCAAAGAACGUCUCCGUCCCUCCUCCCUGGUCUCCCCCUCCUCCCCAACUCUCAGUCUGGACAUGUUUAAGAGCAGCUUCCUGUCAGCAGGGAAGGGGGUGGCUGAGAAGGCCAGCAGGCUCUACUCCCGCCUGUCAUCACAGACAUCACUCUCACAGGAUGUGAACUGCGACCAGAUCAGCGUGUCAUCAAUGACCUCAGUGGACCCAGAAUGCACCUCUCUGUUGGAGGAGGGCUCUGUCCUGGACCCUGAAGGUUUCGCCUCCUCCUACGCCUCGCCCCAGCACGACAGCAUUGCGUGCCUGAGGAGGAGCCCAGCCAGGGGACGCCUCGUCUCUCAGAGCCCCACCUCGCCCUGCAAGGUGUUCUGCCACAACUCCUUCUCUAGUGGUUUGGCUCCUCCAUCUAGAGGUCCCCAGACUCCAGACUCUUCUCCUGAUGCCUCCCGCUUCUACCUCCGUCACCACUACACUACUGAGGUGUUGAUGUCUAGCUGCUGUCGCUGUAAGACAUGUGACUGUCUGGUGUAUGAUGAAGAGAUCAUGGCAGGAUGGACGGCUGAUGACUCCAACCUCAACACCACCUGUCCCUUCUGUGGCUCUUCCUUCCUGCCCUUCCUUACUGUACACAUCAGGGACCUGAGACACAGGACCAGUGACGAGGGUCACCAACCUUUAGGAGAGGACACGGCUGCUUCAGUCAACCCUGAGACUGCAGCUGGAGCACUGACACCCCAGUCAACCACAGCUCUAGCAGCGGAGGAAGAGGACACUGAGGGUGUAGCUGGGUGUCCACAGGACCCUGUCCCAUGCACAACUUCAGAUCCAACCUCAGCCCCAUCUCCAACCUCAGGCCCACCUCCAACCUCAGCCCCAUCUCCAACCUCUCCCCCACCUCCAACAUCUUCCCCACCUCCAGCCUCUCCCCCACCUCCAGCCUCUCCCCCAUCUCCAACCUCAGCCCCAUCUCCAACCUCUCCCCCACCUCCAGCCUCUCCCCCAUCCCCUGCCUCAACUACAACUCGUAGUUCCCCAGUGAGUAGUUCUCCAACCCCAACCCCAUCCCCAUCUCCCCCAGCCCCGGUGACGGUUCCCUACCUGAGUCCCUUGGUUCUGUGGAAAGAGCUAGAGUCUCUGCUGGGUAAUGAGGGGGACCAGGUGAUUAGUUGUCCCAGCAUCGUGGACCAGCACCCUAUCGUGUUCUGGAACCUGGUGUGGUGCUACCGCAGACUGGAACUCCCCUCUCAUCUGCCCGGUCUCAUACUGACCUCACAGCACUGCAGCCAGGGACACGUACCGCAGGUCCCAGCCCAGAGCGUAUCUUCAGAGGACAGUAAACAUGUCCUGGUUCGCAUCCUGUGGGACAACCCGUCACUCCACCAGGACUCUGUCCAGGCCCUAUACAUGCUCUGGCACGCACAUUUCUCUCUCCCCUCAGCCAGUGGAACGGUAUAUGAGGAGGGCCAGCCCCAGGACCAUCUCUUCUCCUCUGAGGUCCUACAGGGUGCAGUGAGGAACAUCCAGAAGGGGGAUGUCUACCAGCCCAUGAGUCAGAUCCUACAGCUGCUGGGACCAGAGCUGGGCUUCAACAGACAGAGGAGUCUGUACAGAGAUCUCCUCUUCCUGGCGUUGACCGCCUUGGGGAAGAGCAACAUCAAUAUUGAUGCGUUUGAUCGUGAGUACAAGGUUGCCUACGACCGCCUCAGCCCCAGCCAAGUGAAGCUGACACACAACUGUGACCGGCCCCCGGGAGCAGGAGUCAUGGAAUGUAGAAGGAUGUUCGGGAAACCCAUUCUGUGACCCCCCC